AUGGUUGGUUUCGGUUUCAUGGACAACCUGGUUAUGAUCACUGCCGGUGACUUUAUUGAUGCUACCUUUGGAGUUGCCUUUGGUCUAUCGACCUUGGCCGCCGCUGGUUUUGGCCAAUGUUGCAGUGAUGUGGUGGGUGUCACGUCGGGGGGGAUUGUCGAUGCCACGGUUUCCAAAUUGGGGUUGCCGACGCAUUCCUUAAGUCCCGACCAACUGGAUCUGGGCAUUUCACGGAGGUGGAGUACCCUGGGGGCCUGUUCCGGUGUCUUGGUGGGAUGCCUCCUGGGCAUGUCGUGUUUGUUUUUCAUGGAUACGGAUCGGAAUGAAAAGGCACGAAAGGCAAAGGAGCUCCAAUCGAUUUUUGAAUCCGUCAUGGGCGAUGGGGCCAAUACGUUCCAUGCCGAACGAACGACUUUGUUCAUGUUGGACGAGGAAAAGAAGGAACUAUGGUCCAAGGUGGCAACUGGAACCGAUGGUAUUAUCCAUUGUUCCGCGGAUGAGGGCAUAGCUGGGGCCUGUGUCAAGAGUGGGAAGGUCAUUAAUAUUCCGGAUGUUUACAAGGAUGAUCGCUUCAACCAAACGGUUGACAAAUCGACUGGCUUUGUCACUCGAUCGAUACUGGCGCAUCCAAUCAAGGACGCGGAAGGAGAGAUUUUGGGGAUCAUUGAAGUCUGCAACAAGAAAAACGACGACGGGACGCCUGGGCAUUUUACUGAAUUUGAUGAGCGGUUGCUUCGAAUGCUUGCGUCGCAUGUUGCUUCCUUUAUCUCCAUUAUCAACAAUGAUGACGACUAA